AUGGCGGCGACCGGGGAGCCGGGGUCGCCCCGCGAGGCCCCUGCGGGGGAGCCCGCGCCGCCCGCGGCCUGCCGCUUCUUCCUGGAGGGCCGCUGCCGCUUCGGGGCCCGCUGCCGCCAGCCCCACCCCGGGGCGCCGGCGCCGGCGCCGGCCGCGGCGAGCCGCGGGGCCGAGGCCGCGGCGGACGCCGAAGCCGGGGCCAAGAAGCCGCCGCUGCGCACGGCCGAGGCCGUCAUCCAGCGCAUCCGCUGGGACCCGCGCCUGGACCCCGCCGACUUCACGGUGGGCUACGUCGACCGCUUCCUGGGCGUGCGCGAGGAGCCCUUCGGCGCCUUCUGCUGGGACGAGCCGCUGGCGGCGCUCGGGCCGGGCGUGCUGGCCGUGCCGCGGCACCGCGUGCGCUUCUUCCGCCACCGCGGCCGCCUGGUGUGGGACCGCGCCUCGCGCACCGACCUGGUCUUCGGCUCGGGCUCGGCCGCCGGCCGCGGGCCCACCAUCCUGGACGUGCUGGACCGCGGGGGGGGCGCGCCCGGGACGGCGGAGGCCCACGGCGGCGGGGCUGGGGCGGAGGGCGCGCCCCGCACCGACGAGGCGCAGGACGGCGGGGGCGCGCGGGCAGGCGCCGGAGCCGGAGGAUCGCGAGAGCCGGCGCGUGAGGAGCUCGGAACAGCCCCGGCCCAGAAAGGCGGAGGCCCCGAAGCCGGGUUCAUGGCGUGGCUGGCGACGAAAUCCCCGGAGCAUGAGCUGAGCGGGGCCGGAGGCCAGACUUUCGGGGGGACACAGCCAGAACGGGCGCGGGCUGUCGCGGCCAUCAGGGCUGAAGAGCCAAGGGCCGAGGCCCCAGGGUGGCCCGCGGGCGAAGGCCCCGCAACGGAGUGGGGUCUCGAGAGCUCCGUGAGCCGGGCCUCCGCCCCUCGGCAGCCCCGGCCCUCGCACUUCGUGGCGCUGAUGGUGACCGACCCUGACCUGCAGGCAGCAGUGGCCAGGGCCCAGGAAGAGCUGGUCCGAGCCUCGCCGGCCUGCGAGGCAUUCAACGUGCCCCCGCAGGCCCUGCACCUGACGCUGGCCCUGCUCCGCCUGGCCGGCCCUGGGGAGGUGGAGGCUGCGGUGGGUGCCCUCAGACGGGUGGUACCGGGGCUUCAGGCACCCCAGAGGCUGAGCUUUAGGAACCUGGAGCUCCUGAAUCCCCACGUUCUCUGUGCCCCACCUUCCCCCUCCCUGCAGAGCAUGGCCCAGGAACUGAGCCAGAGACUGGAGGCCCAGGGCCUGAGAGUGCUACAGCCCCCAGAAGGGCUGCAUCCCCACCUCACCCUGGCCAAGGUGCCCCAGGGCUCCCCAGUAUGCCUCCCCAAGCCCGAGCUCAGCCCCAGGCAGGAGCUGGGCAACCAGCCCCUGGGGAAACUCUGGCUGUGCCGCGUGGGGAGGGCAGGCGACACAUACGAGCCAGUGGCAGAGAUCCCCCUGGAGGGAUAGUCCAGACCCCACGGGACACCUGUUGGCUCUCAACCCCCACAGAACACAGGACCGGGACCCAAAGGAGGCCCAGGCCAAGCAGCGGGACAAGUGUGCUCUCUCUCACUCUCUCUUUAAUUUUGGUUUCUCUCAAGCUUCAAAUGGUGCUCAGAGCUCCAAGGAAAAGAAUGAAGAAGGAAAGGGGGGAGGAGGGGAGGGGGCAGAGGAGAAACAUCUGGAAAAAAAGCAGCCUGACAGUCCAGCUGUUUGCAAACGCAUUGCACGCCCUCCAGUUACAUGGCAGAAGAGGGAGGGAGGGAGGGCCGAAAAGAAAAGGGGAGGAAGAAGAAAAAAUAACUGAAAUAAACACACACAAAAAGAAAAGAGAAGGAAACAUGACGUGAGCUGGUGAUCCAUGGAGG